AUGAAACUUUCACUCGCCCUGAUUUCCUCAUCAUUCUUGGUAGCUAUUGCUCAAGCCGCCACUGUCAAAUUCAACGUCAUUGCACCUUCAGCUACUGAUGUAAAGGUGUCUGUCAAUGGCCAACAAAUCGCACUCACAGCUGCUGAUCCCAACGUCCCUUACUUUAGCGGUAAUGCCGAAGUUGGCUCGGCCAAAGACUACAAGUAUGUUGUUGGUGGUGCUGAAGAGACUUUCACUCGUACUCUCGAUUCCACCAAAGCCUCUACUCUCAACGACUUUUACAACCGUCCAGUAACUUAUGCCAACAUUCCCAAGUUACCUUGGCCCAUUGAGAAAGAUCCUCAAUGGACUCAAACGGGACAAAAGGCUGCAGUCUUUGAUGAAAACUACAUUCCCAGUGUUUUCCUCAGCGGUGAUGCCGCUCAAGUUGACAACCUGGUAAAGAAUGUCCCCAAGGAUAAGAUCCAAGGUUCUCUCACCUUCAUCGGCGCUGACUACGCCAGCUCUUUCCAAAAUGUCACCUUUGGUCUUCAUGGUGCCGGUAAGAAGAACAACAAUGCCAAGCAAUCAUGGAACUGGGCUCUCAAUGGUGGCGAUAUGCUCGGCAACCGUAACUUCUUCAAGCUUCGUCACAUGGAGGAAGAUCCUACUCAACUUCGUGAACGUCUCUACUCCGAUGUCUUGCAUGCGUUGGGUACAUAUGCUAACGAAGCCAACAUGGUCAGACUCUUUAUCAAUGGUCAAUUCUUUGGUACCUUCAACAUGUUGGAUGACAUUACUGAUUUCUCUUACAUCAAUGCCCUGUUCUACGGUGGUAAGGCUCCUGCCAAGCAAGGUCUGUUGUACGAUGGUAUGUCUGGUGCUGAUUUCCUCUACCAUCCUGGAAACCUCGAUGGUUACUCUUCUUGGGCUCCCAAUGCUGCCAACUCGCAAGGUUAUGAAGCUCUUGAUCCCUUGUGUAAGGCUUUCAAUGAGACCAAUGUUGCUGACAAUGCCGCUCUCGCUACGUUUGAAAAGCAAUUUGAUACUGACCACUUUAUGCGUUUCAUGGUCAUGGAAUACUUGGCCGGCCAUUGGGAUGGUUACUGGAUGGCCCAAACCAACGAUGGUGCCUACAAGGAUGCCGAUACCAACAAGUGGUACUACUUGGGUCAAGAUUACGAUGCUACUUUUGGUGUCAACCUUGCUACCCCUGAAGGCAUGCAAUUCACCUCUGUUUCAUACAAGGACUUCCCUGCCCGCUAUCCCGGUGGUAUCAUGAUAAACCGUCUUUUGGAAAAUGCUGAUAAGAAGGCUACCUUUGAAAAGUACUUGACUGAAACUGUGCGUGUUCUCUUCAACAAUGUCACUCUCACCAACCGUGCAUUGGCUCUUCACAACUUCCUCUUGCCUGAUCUCGAAUGGGAUCGUUCCAUCACUCAACAAUCUCCUGGUAUCAAUUUUGGCUGGACCUUCCCCCAAGUGACUGAAAACUUAUGGCAAGGUGUUGCCGCUCCCAAUGCUAAUGGUGGCGGUGCUGCUUGGGGUUUAAUUCAAUGGAUUGUCGAGAGAUCUACUGCUGUUGCCAAGGAAUUCAACAUCUCUAUUGUCACUGAGCCUGCUGGACCUCCUGCUUCUGCCAACAAUAACACUGUCACCCCUGGUGGUGGUGCCAACGGUUCCUCCAGCAACAAUGGCGGUGCUUCUUCCACUGGUAACUCCAACACUGCUGCUCAAUCCAACGGUGAUAAGAGUGCUGGUUUGCGUGUUGCUCCCACCUCCAUUGCUUUGGUCGGUAUCUCUGCUGUCGUUGCUGCCCUUGCCCUCUAA